AUGUCUUUCAAAAUUAUUGUUGAUGGUGUGCCAAACAUACAAGAUCUCAUCAACUGUAAAGGUCCUUGGAGCACCGAUCCCGCAUCACCAGUUAAGGGUCACUGUGUGACAUACACCUAUGUUAACGAGUAUUUUUUCAAUUGUUUGGAGAUUAAGGGACAAACUCUUCGUAAGGAAAACGUCAGGAAAGAUGGUAAUCGAUGGAUGCAGCCAAUGCUCAAUAGGCAAUUGCUUAAAUUAGCAUUGAAGACGGAAGGUCCCAAUCUCUUCUCGUCGUCCCUCACUGGCCAUCCUACUCCAACAAAUUCAUCCUCAAUAAAACUCACUAUUCAAUCAGCAUCUCCUCAUAUCAUGAUCCUCAAAGCGAUCGACCUCCAACCUUAG